UGGUGCGUGCGUGGUGGGGGAAAACAGUAAAGAACCGUGGACCGUGGACCUUUCCUUCUUCUCUCUGAUAUUACUUCAUCGGUGGUAUUAAAGAGAUAUUAAGGAGGUUAGAAAGUCUCUAUAUAAUCUUCAAUCGGCAUAUCUAGUAAUAUUCGUACAAUAAAUAUAAAUGACAGCCGAAUCACUACAGGUUCUCAUGCAAUCCCAACGAAAACGCAUAUAUUGAUUAUUCUGUCACAAUGUGCAAGCAAUGAUGAGACCUCAGCAAAAGUUUAUCUAAAGAAACAAAUAUAUAGAAAAGUAUAUACAUUACAUCAGGGCACAAAGUAAAGUUAUUAGUCAUGAAAGAGAUGUUGACAAAUCAGACUACUGCUGGAUACAGUAAUUCCUUUAUGAACAAUAACAACAGAGAUGCAGGAACCAGUAUUACAAAUGAUAAUAACUCAAGAAGAUAUGCUAUGGUCAGCACAGAAUGGAUCUCUGCUAUCGGUGAAGAAUUAGGUAUGCAUCCACUGCCAGAUCCUCUGUUGAAGAGACUAGCUGAAGAUGCCUCCUAUCGUUUAAGAGAAGUCCUGCACAAAUGUGUUACAAGACUAAGGCAUAGUAAAAAACGACGACUCAUGUCUACAGAUGUAAAUGCAGUAAUUACUAGCUUGUGUGAUACAGACCCAGUUCUUGGUGCACCUGAAUUUAUGCCAGAAUAUCACACAGAAGCAAAGAUAUAUGUACCUAAUGAAUCCAUCGUUAAUCUCACUCAUCGAUUGAAUGAACCAUUGAAUCUGUCUCAAACUAAUGUGCCAUUUCUUCAAGAAUCUGAGGUAUGUGACUUGAGACUCACAGAAGCACGUCACAAUUAUGCUAAACGUGCACUAAAAACUUUAUUUAAUGGUUCGCAAAAAACUUUCCAGGUUUUAAUUAACGACUGCGCCACAAAUCCACAAUUAGGUGAUGAAGGAGUUGUAGACAAAUUGAUGUCUAUUGCCAGAUCUUUGUUGAUCUCCAAUAAUGCGCAAUAUACACGCGUUUCCACGCGAACGUGUCAGCUUAUUAUUGCUAUCGCUAGCAAUAGUGAAGCUGUCUAUCCAUAUCACGUAGCUUCGGUGGACAAAUUGACAGAAUUAUUGUUGGAACUGUUACUGGGGCAGAGUUUCAUCAAUUCAAAUCUGGAGGUGCUCUUUAAAGAAUGUGCGCUCAAACUCAUGCUUCGGUGGCCGUCUAUUGCCGACAAAUAUAUACCUGUAAUGGAGAGUGUUCUUCUGAAGGAUGAAAAGGAGAGUGUUGAGUUCAACAAGAAAAGGAUAAUGGCUGUGGAGAUGUUAGCGAGCAUACAGCCGCUCAGAUUUUUCCAACGCAAAAGUGAACACGUGCUUUCCGUGCAGAACAUUUUGAAUCUUUACGCUUCGCCUGGAUCGCCUAUUUGGCAACUAAUAGCCUUGGCUAUAUGCUCCCUCGUAAAAUCGGGAAAUCAUCCGUUGGAGUUAACUGUCUUGACUGAGCAUUACGGUGAUUCGUUAUUACCGUACCUGCCAGCUGAUUAUAACAAUAGCACGAGAAAGAAAACCAGUAGGAAGGCCUCAUUGCCCAUUAUAAUCAAAGGUAAAAUGAAGUAUGUGAAAGUGAGACCGUUGCUCAAUAACAGGACAUUAUGGGAUAAACAAACGGUGUUUCCGGACUCCACUCUGAGAGGACCGAGGCGAGAGAUAAGAUUUGCAUUCGCUGGCGGCCGUCCGGUCCCACCUAGCAAUUUGAGACGCAUCAGUUUACGAGCAAACUACCAGAUUCUAAGAAGCGAACUUCAAGCCACUCUUGCUCUAGUCGCAUCACGCAGGCUCCUCGUGGUCAAAGAUAAAGAAAGGAAACGCCACGAUUUCUAUAAUCUAGCAAACGUAUCUUUAUAAAGUCAAUCAUAGACGCGUAUACGCGAUAGAAACAUGUAAAUACCGCUGCGAUUAUCUCAUUUGUCAUCCCGUCCUUUUGUACAAGCGUUCGCUAUUUGUAGAGCCUUCUAUAUUCUCUCCCGUCGUUUAAUGUUAAGAGUAAAUAUAAUUUUAAGAGUAAUAUAAUUUUAAGAGCCCGUUAUCGCGCUUUCUCUUUCCAUGAUAAUCCUGAAGACGUAGUGCGAAUAACGCGAAUUAGUCAUGUGAAAUGAGUAUGUACUUCGACUGGUGCCGCAAUAAUAAGAUCUUUUUUAAUUUCGUAA